AUGUUGAAGGCAGCCUUACCCCUUUGCCUGCUGUCUGUAGUUUGCGGUGCUGCGCCUUCCACGGUGUCUCUCAGGCUUCUUACACUUGAGAUUAAUGAUCGGAUAUUGGGAGGCGAGGUUGCGAACAUCUCCGAUUACCCGUGGAUGGUCUCAGUAGAGUACUUGGAGGCGCACCGCUGCGGCGGUACCAUCGUCAGCUCCAGCUGGGUGAUGACUGCGGCUGCGUGCAUCUGGGGCACAACCGCCAACAACUUUGCCCUGCGGGUCGGCACUUCCAUUCGAGAGAGUGGCGGCACCGCCUACUCAGCCUCCCAGUUGUUCUGGCACGACGAUUACGUUGCUGCCACAUCAGACUACGACAUUGGUUUCUUCCAGACUACUAAUCCAAUCUUGUUUGAUGACAACGUUCAGUGUUUUGAAGCUGAAGGAGAGGCCUUUUUGUCCAACUACCCGGAGCAGCUGCACGCCGUUAACACGAUCAUCAUCGACCGAUCCGUGUGCAACGACACCUACGAAGGCCUCGUAACCGACAACAUGAUCUGCGCUGGAGAACCAGAAGGCGGCAAAGACUUUUGCAAUGGUGACCAUGGUGGCCCAUUGGUUGUAGACUCCACACAGUACGGAGUCAUCUCGUGGGGCUACGGCUGUUUCUAUCCACCGUACCCAGGAGUCUACACGGAUAUUGUUGCACUGCGUUCCUGGAUUAAUGAAGCAAUUGGAGUGUGA